AUGGUACACGGUUGGUUGGCAUUAUGCCAUAAAUUAAUCGCACAUGGUGGGCGCCGCUACACGGCAGCAGCACGCGCCGCUGGCGCUGACAUAGCCACCUUCCACGGCACACAACAGGCGUUCGAACACCGUUUGCCGCCUCAGGGUUAUACCAUCGUUGCUGGUACCCUCCACCCCAUUCUGAGGAUCGUGCUCUCGAAGCGACCCGAACGGCUGCGACCUCACUGCUUUUCGGCAAUUUGCAAAAAGAAAGGCUAUAGGCUCAUUUGUAACACCAGCAAUCGGACAAGAUGGGAAGGAGACCCGCCAGGUGUUACCGCUACUGCAAAAACAAGCCCUACCCCAAGUCGAGGUUCUGCAGGGGGUGCCGACGUCGACGACUUCCCGUACGCCGUGCACAUCAUCUCCGGCGAGUACGAGCAGAUCUCCUCGGAGGCUCUUGAGGCCGCGCGUAUCUGCGCCAACAAGGUAAAUGGGCAUUCUGAAGUGAAUAACAUUAUGCAGUUCAUGGUCAAGUCUGGUGGUAAAGAAUCGUUCCACAUCCGUGUUCGCGUCCACCCGUUCCACGUGCUGCGCAUCAACAAAAUGCUUUCGUGCGCUGGUGCCGAUAGGCUGCAGACCGGUAUGAGGCGCGCCUUCGGCAAGCCCAAUGGCGUCGUCGCCAGGGUCAAUAUCGGACAGAUUCUUAUGUCCGUCAGGACGAGGGAGGCGCUCGUGCCGAAAGCCAUUGAGGCGCUCCGCAGGGCCAAGUACAAGUUCCCCGGCAGGCAGAAGAUCUUCGUCUCGCACAACUGGGGAUUCACCAAGUUCUCCAGGGAGGACUACCUUAAGUACCAGGCCGAGGGCAGGCUGGAGAACAAGGGUGUCCACGUCAAGUGGAUCUCUUCCCACGGUCCUCUCAGCAAGAUCUUCCCCCAAUUGGCCGAUGUGAACGUGCCGCUUGACCAGGAAAUCGUCGCGCCAUGA